AUGGCACUAAGAACUAGAUUAGGUGAAAUCUUAAGACCGUUGAAUUCUGAAUAUGGAAAAGUUGCUCCAGGAUGGGGAACAACACCUAUUAUGGCUAUAUUUAUGCUUCUAUUUUUUCUCUUUUUAUUAAUUAUUUUACAAAUAUAUAAUUCUUCAUUAAUUCUAGAAAAUGUAGAUGUAGACUGGGCUACUCUAAAAAAUUAG